GGCGUCGUUUGUAAACUGUUGACACACACAAUGUCGACGUAAGGAGAGAAACAUUUCCGAUUAGUGUUCCAAUGACGCACUGUGUUGUAUCGCAGAAGCAACAGUAGAUAGGUGAGGAGGUGGGCGCCGCGUGGCAGGAUGUGAGGCUCUCCCACCCUCAGUAGUAUCAUGGCCCAGGAGUUCCUCCCGCUCUGCGAUGUGCUCUUCAACAUCAUCUCGCUGGCGUCCUACUUCUGCGACGUGGUGUUCGACGUGGUCACCAUUUACACCCUGUACGAGCAUCAGGAGGUGGUGUGGUUCACGCUGUCGCUCUCCUGCGUGCUCCUGUCCCUCGUCGUGUGCCAGCUCUGCUCCUUCAAGUGGUACCUCUCGAGCCUGCGCAAGGACCUGGCCAAGAAGGACUGCGACCUCAGUCUCAUGAUCCUGCUGCACUUCUUCCAGGGAGGCGUCCUGUGGCGCUACUUCAAGCUCUUCAUCCCCGUCGACCUCCGCUACGUGAAGCACGAGGUGCGGGACCUGUGCAUGCUCAGGCUCAUCCACGCCUUCUGCGAAGCGGCGCCGAUGCUGCUCAUACAAUUGUACCUCAUCUGGCGGAAGCCCUCGCUCUCCGAGCUCACGGACCUCAACAUCGUCUCCACGGCGCUGUCCCUCUUCAGCGUGUGCUGGGCGCUGGCCUCCUUCAACAAGAAUGUCCGGCGCCACAACGUGCACCGGCUGGUCCUCACGUGGCUGGGCGUGAUCUUCCAGUUCGUGUGGCGCCUCGGCACCAUCACCUCGCGCUCCAUCGCCCUCACCGUGUACGCGACGCUCUACGGCUACUGGGUGUUCCUGGUCAUCGCCCUCCACUGGGUCUCCAUGUUCCUCUGGCUCAUCUCGCCCAAAAACGUCUUCCACGGCGAGAAGAUGCCCCUGUUCAAGAAGGUGAUCUUCUCCAUGCUCAUCGCCUUCUGCUACAUCUUCUGUUACAUCAACCUCCAGGAGAUCAACGCCAGACAAAAGAUGGUGGCCUUCUACAUCACGAUGCUGCUGGAGAACGCCCUGCUGAUCGCAGUGUGGCUGGGCGGCCUGAGAACGCACCCCUGGUACAAGCACCCCGUGACGGCCCUGGUGUUCGUCGCCUUCGGCUUCGGGAUCCUGUUCAUGAUCCUCUACUACCAGCACUUCCACGUCAAGAGGCUCAAGCACAACUACACCAUGUCGUCCUCCAUCAACGCUUACUCGUCGUGCACAGGCUGCCAGCUGGGCCAGUGCACGGACAAGUCGCACCGGAUGCCGUUCCCCUACUACCUGAACGAGCUCUCCGCCAGCGACAACAGCACCAUCGCCUCCAACACGCAGCAGAACGGCACGGCGAAGCUGAACAACCUGCAGAACAUCGAGACGCGGGCCGACCACCACUCCAACCCGCCCGCGCACCCGCACGCGUACCCCCCCGACGCCCUCCACGUGCCGGGGGUGUUCAACUGCCGCUUCAACCCGGGCAUCAAGAGGAAGAAGAAGAAGCCGACUAGCUUCGUGCCGCCGCCGGUGCCCGUCAUCCCGUCGCUUGCGGUGCCCAACAACAGUGCAGCCGCCAACAAUAACAACAACAACAAUAACAACAACAACGGGCGCGUGGUGCCCUUCUGGAAGCGGCCGCUGCCACAGUCCAUUUCAAGCGACCACGAGGGCAGCGUGGGCUCCAGGGUCAACAUCCAGCAGAAGCUGCAGGAGAAGAAGCAGCAGCAGAUCGCGGAGCUGCGCCAGAUCGAGGAGGAGAUCAAGGCGGGCAAGCUGAAGCGGCCGCACCCGAGCGACAUCUCGGAGUCGGGCACGCUGCGGCAGCCCAUCCCGCGCUCCAAGAAGCAGCCGUGGCUCAAGCCCGAGCCGCCGCUCGACUACCCGUACCUGGUGGUGGACGCCUCGGCCGCGUCCGUGCCCGCGCCCGCGCACAGGAAGCAGCGCUCGCAGACCCCCGAGAUCCUGCUGGCGCCGCACUACCUCGACAACACCAGGAUUUACUACGACUACCAAGACCCGCGCUGGAAGUACGGCAACAACUACCACCUGCCGUCCGACGACAUGAGCGGCUCCAGCCACUCCAAGCGCUCCACCAAGCGGCGAAACCGGAAGGCCGAUAAGAACACCGACAACAGAGAUAAGGUGAUCUACAAGUCCUACAGAAUACCCUCAGAUCUCGACAGUCAGAUAUCCUUGCCGAGGUCCUAUACGCUGCCCAGGGAAUUCAAGUAUUACAGAAGACCCAAGUCGAGAAAAGCUGUCAGGUCCGAUCACUUCAUGGCGUCCACCAACUCGAGUGACGGCGACGUGGAUUCCUGCGACGAGGGCGACCUAGGCGAGUCCAUGGGGCGCCUCAACAACGCCGUCCACUUCCACAUCAACCACAACCACCACCACCACUACCAUCACCACAGCUUCCUCCACAACCACCACACCAACCACGUGGCCGAGUCUCCGCCGCACCCACAGCAUCCUCUGAGAGCUCGAAUCCACGCGGCGUUCCAUCGUAAUUUGGCCAACACGCACGAGACCAAACUGUGAUGAUGCA